AUGGAAGACGACGGGGUACAUUUAUUUGAUGACUUUGUCACUGAAGACAGUAUUUACCUCAUAGAGGAUGUGGAAAAGGAAAACCAAUCACUUUUAGACAAUAGAAUUAUCUUUGAAAAAGUACCAAGUCCCGUUGAACCAAAAGAUAUUAAAGGAAAUAAUAAUGAAGAUAGUAGAAUAGAUUGUCGGGUUAAAAGUGCAAUUGAAGAAAGUGAUAAAGAAAAUAAAGCAACAGAUGAUGAUGAUGAGGAUUCCUCCACAUCUGAAAAUGAUAAAAGAAACAAAAAGCAUUCAGAAAGUAAAGUGAAUAAUUAUGAAGUUAGAAGAUCCACAAGGAGUGUAAAAAAAACUGUCACAAUAGUUGAUGAUAGUAGUCAAGAAGAAAGCGACUUUUCCGCCGAUGAAGAUUCAUCAUACACUCCUGAAGAUGAAGAAGUUGAAGGGGACAAAUAUAAUCGACGAAUUAAAUUAGGAUCUAAAAUCAACGAUAGUGAUGAUGAAAGUGACGAUUCUGAUCCUGGAAAUGAAAGUGAAAAUUCCUUAUGCAAUAUAAAGGAAGAAGGAAGGGAUAGUGAUUUUUCCGAAGAAGAUGAUAAAAAUUCCAGACACAGUGAAGAUGAAGAAAAAUAUGAGAAUAAGGCCACGUUUGAGACGAAAAUCGAAGAGGAAUACCACGGGGUUAAAUAUGAUGAUGAAGAUGAAUCAGAGGACGCAGAUGAAUUUAAAGAAAAAGAAAACAGAAAUAAUACCAGCCCUUCCAGAAAGAGAAAAAGAUCUAAAAUCAACGAUAGUGAUGAAGAAAGUGACGAUUCUGAUCCUGGAAGUGAAAGUGAAAAUUCCUUAUGCAAUAUAAAGGAAGAAAUAAGGGAUAGUGACUUUUCUGGAGAAGAUGAUAAAAAAUCUUCACAAAAUGAAGGUGAAGAAAAAGAUGAAGAUGAAGGCAUGUUUGAGACGAAAAUCGAGGUGGAAUAUCACGGGGUUAAAUACGAUGAUGAAGAUAAAUCAAAGGACGCAAAUGAAUUUAUAAAAAAAGAGAACAUUGAGAAUACAAGCCCUCUCAGGAAGAGAACCAGAAAGAGAAAAAGGAAAAUUUUAAAAGGUGACCACCACCGUUGUCCACAUUGCCCAAAAGUGUACACAAAAAUAGAUAAUUUAAAGCGGCACGUUGAAAGCCAACACGGCGAUCCAUCGCAAAGAGAAAAAUACAACUGUUCGCAAUGCGAACAAAUAUUUUCGAGCGGAAAAGGUCUAAAAAUACACAUUAAAUCAAAACACGAAGGUUUGAAAUUCCGUUGGCCGUUAAAUCGUCAAAUCAAAGAGGCUGCACCAAUAAAAGAAUACAAAUGUCAACUUUGCGACGAAAAAUUCCCGAAUUAUCAAAGUAUAGGCGAGCACUUUAAAAAAAAACACGACGGCUACCGUUGCAAAUGCGAGCAUUGCUCUAAAAAGUUCAAAAGAAGUCUAACGUUAAAAAUGCAUGUUGAGAGCAAACAUAGCGAUCCCUCGCAAAGAAUAAAUCACAAGUGCCCGCAUUGCCUGAAAGCGUACUCAAGAAGAGGACCUUUAAACGAGCACAUUAAAAGUCGACACGGCGACUCCACAGAAAGAAAAAAAUACACGUGUCCACAUUGCGACAAAAUACUCGUGAGUAAAAAAUCGAAAACGAGACACAUCAGGGUAAUGCACGAGGGUUUUAAGAGCGACAGGUCAAAACAACACGUUGAAAAACAAAGUGGCGAUCCUGAAGAGUACGAAUGUACGCAAUGUGGCGACAAAUUCGGAGAGAAAGACUCUUUAACGCGGCACGUUAAAGUGAAACACGAAUGCUGUAACUACACGUGUCCGCAUUGUCCGAAAGCGUUUAUGGAUAAAUUGUAUUUUAGGCAGCACCUUGAAAGCCAACAUGGCGAUCCACUGCAAAGAAAAAAAUACAACUGUCCACAAUGCGACAAAAUCUUCCCAUCACUAACAUACUUAAAGACGCACAUUAAAACAACACAUGAAGGUUUUAACUUCCCGUGCCCGCAUUGCUCAAAAACGUACACCCUCAAAUCACGAUUGAACAAACACCUUCAAGUCCUGCACGCCGUAAAACCAGAAUACAAAUGUACAUUGUGCGACGAAAAAUUCCCGACCAGGCAGAGUAGAGUCGCGCACAUUGAAAAAACACACGAAGGCCAUUGUUACAAAUGUCCGCAUUGUCCAAAAUAUUACGCAAGAACUAAUAAACUAAAAAUCCAUCUCCAAGAAGAACAUUCAAAAUCAAACUACAAAUGUUCAGUUUGUGACAAAAAUUUCUCAAAAAAACACGAUUUAAGCCGGCACGUUGAGAUAAAACACAACGGUUUUAAAUACAGUUGUCCACAUUGCAGGACAGCGUUCAAAAGAAAGGAUUUUUUAGAGCGGCACGUUCGAGACCAACAUGGUGAUAUCUCGCAAAGAAAAAAGUACAAAUGUCCACAAUGCGACGCAAUGUUUUCUUGGACAAAUAGUAGGAAGAAGCAUAUUCAAGAACAACACUCUAAAAACAACACUGAAUAUAGUUGUCCGCAUUGCCAAAAAGCUUUCAAAAGGAGUAAUACUUUAAAAAUACACGUUCAAUUGCAACAUGGCGAUCCCUUACAAAGAAAAAAAUACGAAUGUCCACAUUGCCCAAAAGUUUACAAAGAAAGUCGCUAUUUCAAAAACCACGUUAAAAACCAACAUGUAAAUAAUCCCAUGGAAGAGGACGAGGUAAAUUUAUUUGAUGACUUUGUCACUGAAGACAGUAUUUACCUCAUAGAGGAUGUGGAAAAGGAAAACCGAUCACUUUUAGACGCAAGAAUUAUCUUUGAAAAAGUACAAUGUACUACUGCUGAACCGAAAGAUAUUAAAGAAAAUAAUAAUGAAGAAAGUAAAAUAGAUUGUCAGGUUAAGACUACAGUUAAAGAAAAUGAAGCAACAGAUACAGAUGUCAAUGAUGAUUAUGAGGAUUCAUCCAUGUCUGAAAAUAAUAAAAAAAUCCAAAGGCAUUCAAAAAGUAAAGUGAAUAAUUAUGAACUAAAAAGAUCUACAAGGAGUGAAAAAAAAGUUGUCCCAAUAGUGGAUGAUAGUAGUAAAGAAGAAAGUGACUUUUCUGCUGAUGAAGAUUCUUCAUACACUCCUGAAGAUGAAAAAGUUGAAGGAAACAAAUAUAAUCGACGAUAUAAAUCAGGGUCAGUAAGAAACGAUAGUGACGAUUCUGAUCCUGGAGAUGAAAGUGAAAAUUCCUCAUGCAAAAUUAAGGAAGAAGGAAGAGAUAGUGAGUUUUAUGAAGAAGAUGAUAAAAAAUCCCUACAUAAUGAAGAUGACGAAAAAGAUGAGGAUGAAGCCAUUUUUGAGACGAAAAUCGAAGUGGAAUAUCACGGGGUUAAAUAUGAUGAUGAAGAUGAAUCAUGGGACGCCGAUGAUUUUAUAAAAAAAGAAAACUUGGAGAAUACCAAAAAAGGAAAAAGGGAAAUUUCAAAUGGUGGACACCUUCAAAUCAAACAAGCUGCGCAAAAAAAAGAAUACAAAUGUCAACUUUGCGACGAAAAAUUCCCGACUAGGCAGAGUAAAGUUAAGCACGUUAAAACAAAACACGACGGCUAUCGUUGCAAAUGCCCGCAUUGCCCUAAAACGUACAAAAGAAGUCUAACGUUAAAAAUGCAUGUUCAAAGCAAACAUGGCGAUCCCUCGCAAAGAAUAAAUCACAAGUGCCCGCAUUGCCUGAAAGCGUACUCAAGAAGAGGACCUUUAAACGAGCACAUUAAAAGUCGACACGGCGACUCCACAGAAAGAAAAAAAUACACGUGUCCACAUUGCGACAAAAUACUCGUGAGUGAAACAUCGAAAAUGAAUCACAUCAGGAUAAUACACGGGGGUUUUAAGAGCGACAGGUUAAAGCAGCACGUUGAAAAACAACGUGGCGAUCCUAAAGAGUACGAAUGUACGCAAUGUGGCGACAAAUUCGGAGAGAAAGACUCUUUAACGCGGCACGUUAAAGUGAAACACGAAUGCUGUAAAUACACGUGUCCGCAUUGUCCGAAAGCGUAUAUGAAAAAAAUUUAUUUCAUGCAGCACGUUGAAAGCCAACAUGGCGAUCCACUGCAAAGAAAAAAAUACAACUGUCCACAAUGCGAUAAAACCUUCGCGUCGUUGGAAUCGUUGAAGACGCACAUUAAAAAAGCACACGAAGGGUUUAAAUUGUGUUGCCCUCAUUGCUCAAAAGUGUACACCAACAAGUUAAGCUUGGACAAACACCUUCAAAGCAUACACGCCGUAAACCGAGAAUACAAAUGUCCUCUUUGCGACGAAAUCCUCCCCACCAUACAAAUUACUGCUCACCUACUGCCUCCGGCCGAUCCGGCCUAUGCGGCAGCAUAUCCGGCUCCGGCCAAAUUUUUAAACUGA